AUGAAUAGAAUUGCAUUGCUAUUGGUAUUAAAACGUCGCAGGCGUAAUUAUUACACCCUUGAGGGUAACCAAACACUUCGAAAAGAAGAAGUACCUAUUGCUCUUACGGAUAUUCGAAACAUAUUCGACCCGAGAUUUUUCUUCUUUCGGUGGUGGGGUUCAAACUUUGAAGCCAUCACGCCAGCCAAACCCCCACCCUCUUCCUCUUUCUCUUCCUCGUCCUCCCCAAUUUUCAAGAAGCAACCCGACUCCAAAGCCUUCCAAAGUGUCAGAGUCGCAGAACGACAGGCGUCGAGGCCGGACCAAACGAAGUUGGCCGUGCCGUACACCAGAGGCCCUUCCCUGAUCUUGAACAGACAACAGAUUAGAGCUUGGUUUGUGAAGGCUUUGGUUGAGCUCAAAAUCUUCCGCAUACUAGCGGUGAUGGGUGACUACGCAGCUAUCGUCAACCAGGACUUAAGGAUAGAUGUCGAAUUUGAAGACUUUCAAUUUUCAAAGAAUAAAAAUUCCACGACAAUCACAAGCGCGCACUCGCGCCAUAUAGCUCAAUUUGAAGAUCAGAAGAAGAAGAAGAAGAAGAAGAAGGAAAAAGCUCUCUCCAAUAAUAUCUCAAGAGCCGAAAUGUCACUCAUCCAAACGCGGCGUCGCUCUAAGAAAAAAAAGACAUCUUCCAUUACAGGCAGUUCCGGAUCCCCCCCUCUUUCUCCUUCAUCGAAUCCCACGCCGCCUACGAUCUCUACUCGACGCGCCUACCCCAGUUAA